GAAUAAAAUCUGUUAAAAAAAAAAAAAAAAGGAAAAAGAAGGUUCAGCGUAUUAAACAACAACUACUACUACUAGUACUCUCUCUUCUUCCUAGACUCCGGCCGGAAGACUGUGAAAAGCCAUUUUUUCAGAGACAGGGCCUUUUGGUGGGGCUCCCGCACUUGCCAGCUCACCCAGUGAACAGCCCCACCUUCCGCAAAGCCAGGACAGCUCUUUGGAGUUUCCCUCAUGGAUAUCUGUGAUAAAGACAACCUGCCCUUUCCAAUUCUGGAUAUGCUUUCCUUUAUUAAUCAAAAAGGGCCACUCACAGAAGGCGUCUUCCGCAAAUCAGCCAAUAUAAAAUCCUGCAGAGUCCUAAAGAAAAAACUAAAUUCUGGGGUCAAAGUGAACCCGUACAGUGAAUCUGUUCAUGUGGUCGCAUCCGUCUUAAAGGACUUUCUUAGAAAUAUCCAAGGAAGUAUAUUUUUAUCCGAUCUCUAUGACAAAUGGCUCAGUGUUAUUGAUCAAGGCAACAAAGAGGAGAAGAUAACUGCAGCCCAGAGGCUUUUAGCCGAGCUGCCAAGAGCAAAUGUUGUUCUCUUGCGAUACCUUUUUGGAGUGCUAUACAACAUUGAGCAACAUUCCUCAUCCAAUCAGAUGACAGCUUAUAAUUUAUCCGUUUGUAUAGCCCCAAGUGUUCUUUACCCACGUGAUUCCGGCAGCUUGGAAUUGGAAGACAACUUGAUAAGAAAGGACGCGCCUCUUUGGAGAAGAGUCCCGAACCCGCCGCCGCCGCCGCCGCCGCCUCCAGGCAGCGGCCGUCGGGCAGCUGGCGCGGGCUGCCUUGGCCGCCAGGAAAGCGCUCUCAAGGCGGUGAUGGUGGAGCGGCCGGCCGAGGCCCGGCGCUGGGCUCCCCCCCGCCGGCGGUCGGCCUCCGCUCUGCCGGGCGCUCCCCGCCAGGGGGCGGCGCAGCGCGGAGCGAGCGGGCUGCGGCGGGCGGCGGCCCGGUGGCGGGGUCGGUAA